CUAGUAUAGACGUUGAUGCUGUUGUCAGGGGCGAAGGAGAAUGCGAAAUCAUUCGAAAGACUUCUUUGAAGCAAAAAUGUGGUUGUUUUCCAUCUCGAUUUUUGUUCUUCUCAUAUCUAUAUGCAGUCAUCAUGCGUUGGCUUACGUAGAAGCAGUGGCAAGUAGUUUGGAGCCGGGAUUGAGCCACUUCCAACCCAUGGUGGCUCUUCUCUGCGGUCACGGUAAGAUACAAAACCAAUAUUUGGACGAAAAUCGCCGUUGGGUAUCGGAUUCUGAUACUAAAUCUACCUGCACCAAAAAUAAACUGGAAAUAUUGGAAUAUUGCCGCAAGGUUUAUCCAAAGCGAGAUAUACGUAAUAUCGUGGAAUCCAGCAGAUUCUAUAAAAUCGAGAAUUGGUGUAAAGUUGGCCAGAAGAAAUGCAAAGGUUCUCAUUGGGUGAAACCAUUCAGAUGUCUUGAAGGUCAGUUCCAGAGUGAUGCUUUAUUAGUUCCGGAACAUUGCUUAUUUGAUCACAUUCACAAUCAAAGCAUCUGCCAGACAUUUGACGAAUGGAAUCAGACCGCCUCUUCAAGCUGUCAAGAUCGCAAUAUGCAGUUGAGAAGUUUUGCAAUGCUUCUGCCCUGUGGUGUAGAUAUUUUCUCUGGAGUUGAAUUUGUUUGUUGUCCAAGAGAAGAAAAAUCUAAAGGAAAUAAGGGUGAUAGUAGAGAAGAUAUGUUGAAUAAUGUAGAUAAUUCAAUCAGUGAUGAAACUGAUAAUGAUGACGACGAUGAUUAUGAUGAUGACGACGACUAUUAUGAUGAUGACGACUACAGUGAAGAAGACAGGUCUAGUGCUGCAAGCACAACAACUAGUACCACAACUACUACCACAACCACUACAACCACCACCACCACAGAGAGACCAGUUGACUUUUAUUUUAGUCACUUUGAUAGUCGACAUGAGCACGAUGCCUUCAAAGAAGCUCAAAAGUCACUGGAAGAUAAACAUAGGGAAAAAGUUACCAAAGUUAUGAAAGAAUGGGGCGAAUUAGAAGAACGCUACCAAGAUAUGAAACAAGAAGAUCCCAAAGGUGCUGACGAAUUCAGGAAAAAAAUGAGUGCACAUUUCCAAAAAACUGUAGAAGCAUUGGAGGAAGAAGGAGCGGCUGAAAAGCGCAGACUUGCAGCUAUGCAUCAGCAAAGAGUUAUGACAAUUAUUAACAUGCGUAAAAAGGCUGCAAUGAAUUGUUAUACUGCUGCAUUAGAUAAAGUACCACCUAAUACCAAGAGGAUUGAGAAAUGCUUGGAGAAACUUUUAAGAGCAUUAGAAAAAGAUAGAACUCAUACCUUACAUCACUAUCGUCAUUUGUUGAAUACGAAUCCCAAACAGGCCGAAAGAGAGAAGGAAGCGAUGUUAGAACAUCUGGAUAAUCUUAAUCACAUGGGAAAUCAGAGUAUUGCUAUGUUGGAGCGUGCACCGUCUGUUGCCGACAAGAUCCACAACAGAAUGAUUGCAAUUUGGCACCAUCUUCACGGCCUGGAUGCUGAAACUGCAAUUUCUAAAGAUGCUGAUGAAGCAAUCUUAGAAAAAUACAGAGAGGAGGUUGAAGAGAAACAAAGAGAGCGUGAACGCCAACGCCAAUUAGAAGAAGAAAGGCGACAAGAGCUAAAAGAACUUAGACAGGAGAAGAAACGUGUGGAAGUUAACAUGCAUGGAAAACUUCCUCAACCUUUUGAUCCAGAAACCAUGGAAGAUGAAGAAAUACAGGAUAAGACUACCUUUUCUCCAUUGGAGAAGAAGCUAGAAAAUACUCCUGACAUUGAGGAUAAUACUCUUGAUCAGGAAGAAAUUCCUAUACCAAAAGUUGCCCAUAUUCAGAGUCAAACUGCUCAUCACAAUGAAGGUGCAUAUUCUGUUCGAAAAGAAAGUGUUGAGAAAUUUAGAUGGAAUGGAAGCAUUUACAUCACACUAGCAUUUGCGGGAAUAGCUCUGCUCACGGCCAUGAUUGUGGGUAUAAUUCUACUGCGCCGUCACGCCCAGCGUUCUCCCCACGGCCAAGGUUUCGUAGAAGUGGAUCAAGCUGCCACGCCAGAGGAACGUCACGUGGCAAACAUGCAAGUUAAUGGCUACGAAAAUCCAACUUAUAAGUAUUUUGAAACACAGAAUAACUGAAGUAAGUGGAUGUAUUUAAACUCAUCAGACUUCUCCAAUACCUUGCUCUAGACCUCAAGGUGUUUAGUGUUUCUGGAGAGAGCCUUCAUUCAUUACACCAUAAUACUAGCAACAGUUGGCUUUAAACUAAAGAACUAAGAGUGAUAUGGAAUUCACACGUUGCCAUAAGAGUGAUGUUUUUUGUACUGUAAUUUGCUAGAGUAAAUCUAGUAAUCACUUGAAUAAAAAUAUACACUAAAAUUCUUUAAAAAGUUCCAUUUACAAUCU